AUGGCAACCUCCUGCAACGCACCCGACCGUCAGCUGCCUGCUCCCUCAACCUCCUGCAGCCCUGGUGCUACUAUCGAUACGACCUCUCGCUGUCACCCGCCCUGGGUCAACCUCCCAUACGUCCACAGCCCCACGCCCCAAGGGCAACGUCACUACCCUGGCAUGCCCCUUCCUCGCCCUUCCAUGAAUCUGGUGUUGCCCAAUGCCCACACGCUUGGGACUGCCGCCACGACCUAUUACAGUCUUCCGCUGCUCACUUCAACCUCCUGCACCUUCUUGCCAUCCUCGGCGCCUCGCAUGGCCGUCUGCAAUAUCUCAUUCUUUCCCUGGUCCGCAACAGCUGCCGAGAUCAUGCCGACGCAGCCUCAUUCAAGCAUAGUACAAGUUGUACAACCAACACAGACUGAACUUCGAGCACAUCUCGCAGGGCAAGACCAACUCCUCAACCAACUCGCCAACGAUGAUGACCUUGAUGAUGUCGGUGAUUAUCUGUCUGAUUCUGAUGGCAAUGCUUAUGGCAGCGAACAAAAACCGAUCCCUCGCAAUGUCUAUUACUUGUGA